AAAGGAUGGCAAAUACUGUGAAUUUUAACAGAUACAGUGACCAACAAGGGGACAUAUAUGACGCACAGAGCGAAUCCUGCCACACAUCGGAGUCGCAGUUUCCGAUCCUAUCCACCCUGAAGCCUUACUAUUGCCAGGAUUAUCUUCCCCAGGACACCGUCCAGGAAUCAACAUCACCUAUCACUCAGUAUGGACAGCAUCCUUUGGACAAUCAAAGCCGGGAUAAAAAUUUUGAUGAACCCGAUUCUAUAAAUCCCGUAUCUACGGGCUAUACUCCUCCUCGGGAGGGGCCUGGGGCCAGUUAUGCCUGCCUGCAGCCAGUGGUAUCUCAGACUCGCAUGAGCGACACUCCGUAUUCGCUUCCGUACAGUCAAAACGACAGUUAUGGCUACGAAGUGGACCCCAUGCAUUAUUACAGCAACCCCAUGUAUACUCAGCCCUCCCAACACCAACCCACAUCCUCCCCACUCCAUAUGCCUCCUUCCAACUCGGAGGCAGUCGUGGCUCCCAUGCAAUCUACCGCAUCCAUCCCUUCGAAUUCUUUUAAUCCAUGCAUCUAUUUAUGUAACAGAGAGUUGUGGAUCAAAUUCCAUCAGCAUACAACCGAAAUGAUCAUCACCAAACAAGGAAGGAGGAUGUUUCCAACGCUACAGUUCAGCCUGAAUGGUCUGGACCCUCACAAACAGUAUAAUGUUUUUGUUGACAUGAUUCUGGCCGAUCCGCAUCACUGGAAAUUUCAGAAUGGCAAGUGGGUCCCGUGCGGACAAGCAGAGCAGCUUUCACAAAAUGGGCGCGUUUAUCUUCACCCAGAUUCCCCAAGUUCCGGGGCCCAUUGGAUGAAACAGGAUAUUGUUUUCGGAAAAUUGAAACUGACCAAUAACAGAGCGGUGGACCAAGGGCAGGUCAGCCAGAUUAUUUUGAAUUCCAUGCAUAAAUAUCAACCGAGAAUCCAUGUUAUAGAGGUAGGGUCACAUGGCCCAAACGAGCAGAAGAGCUUACAGACGCAUGCGUUUCCGGAAACACAAUUCAUUGCUGUCACUGCUUACCAAAAUACCGAUAUUACACAGCUGAAAAUUGAUCACAAUCCUUUUGCGAAAGGUUUCCGUGACAACUAUGAAGGACGCCACAUUGACAAUUCGAACCAAUCGCAUCAAAACUACAUGACGUAUCCUCAACAAGGUUUGUUUCCAACCAGUGUAGCUUUCACUGGAACGACACCUGUGGCAAGGGCUGUUACAUAUCCACCUCAAAUCGUUACACAAUACCAACACAACUCGAUCCAGGAAAACAUAAUACCCAGCAUCCAUGACGUUUCCGGUAUGGGAGAAAUUAAACAAAUAGAAGAAGGUUGUUAUUCUAGCAGCUAUAACUUUGGAACACAUAUGAUGAUGUCAGAUGCGAUAACUGUGCAAGCAGAACAGGUAAAAUGCGUCAUAAAAAAGGAAUUAAAUAGUUCAGAAUGUAGUCAGCCUGUCUCUGUGACAUGCGAAAAUGACUUGAAGAGGGCUUUGGAACAGGUGUUUGAAUAUUCACAGGACAAUGACAAUGAAAGUGAACAGCCAACAAAAAGAGCAAGGGUGUCUGAGAGUAAGUCGUUAUCACCUGACUCGGUAGAAAAGCUAUCCAGUCGAGAAAAAACAGAUCAAGAAAACGAACAAAAUAGUUCGGGAAUAAGCGAGGAGUACCCCAAUGGUGACAUUUAUCUAAGUAAUAAUAAGAAACAGGUGUUAGAUCAUUCAGUAUUUCAGGGAAGUUUUCAGGGACAGCAAGCCUCUGUGUAUUAAUUCCUCUACCGAUUCCUCUUUU